GCUAGCGGUCGAGGCCAUGACCCGCACCCGGCGCAUUGCGAUGGCGCACCCUUCAGACGCCUUGAUGGGCCACAUCACGGCCGGUUUCUGCCGGGCCGAUCUCUCCGAGCAGCUUAUCAACGACGAGUUGUUCAUCAUUUGCGACGUGGAUCCCAAGUCGGACAAUGAACUCUGCGAGGCUGCCCGGGUCAUCUGGCGGGAGGUCUACAGGACCACUCGAACGAGCGACAGGCCUGUGCGAGUGGACGCCGGGCGGCCGCGACCAGUGUCAAGAGAAGACAAUAGUUUUAGCUCGUUUUUGAAACGUCGGAGCAGCGCCAUCUCUGACGCGGCCAGCAGCUCUGAGGCGAGACGCGCCAAGAUCGAGGGGAGGCUGUCGACUGAUACUGAUUCGUGGACGCCCGAACACCAGAAAGAGGCCGACUUCCAGAAGGCCAAGCGCCUGAAGCAGCUCUUGAGCACGAGCGAGUUGAACAUAGACAAGGACAUGCCGCCCAACAUGCGCGAGGCUGCUCGUUUAUUCUCGCUGUAUCAAGACAAGCUGACUGAAGAGUACAUCAGUAAGAAACGAGCCGCCUCUCGAGCCGCCGACGACCCGGUCCUCCCUGUUUUAGCUGGCGCCAGUGUUUUCGUCGAGAAGAGUUUGCAGGACAAGUUCAAGGCGCCCUGUCACGUUCGCGUGUUGAGAACUUUGGAUGCUAAGGUGGUCAAUGAUCGACUCAAUGCGAACACCUUCAUCGUUCCUGAUGCUGUACUCCUACCACAACGUAUCCAUUGGGCACUAGUCAUUGGUGGAGGAGUGGCGUGCGAUCUACAGUUUUUCGCAUCAGCAGGCGAGAGAGGUCGUUGCAUGACCUUCCAUGGCAUUGCGCAUCUCACUCGAGUUGCGUGGGCGUCCGACGAGUUCGUGAGGCUCCAUCCCGAGCUUUACCGCAUCAUGAUUUCGAAGACUACUACCUCCAAUGGCGUUUGGAAGUGGUUCCAGAAGGGCGCGUUCAUUGCCGCCGCCCACGAGAAGAUUGCGAGGAAACGCCCGUCCGAGGUGAUGGCUUUCGUGGCGGACAGGGAACUCGCGGCCCCGGAGCCCG